AUGUCGGGAACGGGCAACAACGGUGGUUCGUCUCAUUUAGUUUCUCUUUAUCAAGCACUCGAGCAGAAAGAGUUUGUCGGACGAGCAAAUGUACUGUACUCUGUUGUAUUAGUUGGAAAAAUUUCACCACACAUAACUAACAAUGAAGUUGGAAAAUUUUAUGAAAAGCUUACAUCCAGUUUCACCCCACCGGACCAUAUUACAGGUCUCUUGAUGGUUUAUCCCUAUCACGUGAUACACAUUAUUGAGUCAAGUUUUAGAAGUUUGAUGGAAGUUUUUCGAGUAAUUGCUAAAUCUGAAGAAAUCACAGAAUCUUACAUGAAUCGUCACUCUGAACAGAUAAAUAAGAGUCAUUAUGAUGCUCAAGACUAUCGACAUUUCCGUGAGUUUGAUAAAGCCAUCAUUCAAGAAAUGUACACAAAAAACUCCUUGGCUCCUACGAUUCAUAAUCGUGUCUUAUGUGCGAUCGAUAAUAUCGUCCACCGUAUAUACCACACAUAUGAACUAUUGGUUUUUGAUAUGGAACCGACAGUCAUAUCAGACUAUGAUUCAAAUGAAUCUGAUGAGAAAAAGUUACUUGACUUACUAAGUCAAGUGAUUAGACUAAGCGUACAUCUGGCAGAAGAGUCCAUGCGGGAUCAAGACGAAUACGUUCCCGAAACUUUUAAAAACUCGUCAGCUGGAUCUACCUGCAUCCGAGUUGAUGUUCACUCCAAGACUCGAACCCAGUACCUUUCUCUCCAAACUUCGUAAUUAACCGUGAGGGUUGAAUAGAUGAUGGGGUAGCAGUUCAUAUAUUUUGAUUUCGAUUAAAUGUGAUAAUGAACCAGAUUUUUUCAACGUAAGGCAAUUAACGGCAUGAAGAUUAUAUUGAGUCC